CUACUACACGCCUGCGAAAAAAAGAAUCCUAUAUAACGUUCCAAGAUCGCGACGAGAUCCGCGAAAAGCGAUGGAGGAGCUCGCGAGAAGAGUGUCCACGUUUGCAACGCCUCUCCAUCCGGCGGAUUUUGCCGUGAGAUUGCUCUUCGGCAAUUUGUCGGAGAGAUAAAAAGUUGAAGAGCGGGAGAGCGAAGCGACGGAGAGAGAGAGAGAAGCGAAUGACGGUGGGAUAUUGGGGUAGGAGUAACAGAGGGGAAGUGUUUAACGCGAUCACUGGGACACGUGUGUAUGCACGUUCGCAGUGCAUUUUUCCUCCUCGUCUAUUUCUUCCUCUCGCUUUUCAUGUCUCGUUCUCUCUGUCACUCUCUGUCACUCUCAAGACGCGAAGAGAGAACGAAAGUGCGGCGUUCACGUUGUACGGUGCAAUAAAUUCUACGUAGAUUAUAAUACAGUGGCGUAGGUCAUGGACCGAGGACGAUACGCAACACCAUGCCACGUGCUCCCCACGUUUGCUUGUAUACAUUCUGUCUCGCUCCGUUUCACAGACCCUACCGUUCGCGUCGACGAUUACUGAAUGUGGUGUUCACGUAUUUACUCUUUGGUAUUAUUAUUAUUAUUACUUCUCUGUUGGCCUGACACGAGACACGCUGGUGGAUGCACCGCACGAUUACUCACUGUCGGUAAAAGAAGGACCCUUCAUUUACAGUAGAUGCAAUCUCAAUGCAAUGCAAUAAAGUAAUAUUUCCGUGGUUACCUACAGUUUCAUUUGGAUUACGAUUUUAUAUUUCUGCCAUGAUACUUUUCGAAAAUUGACAUUAAUAAUAUACUUUUCAAAUUACUGUCAACUAGCAAUAAAUAUGUAUGUAUACGUAUUUCAUCGGUAAUAUAUCGAUGUAAUCAUUCGUCGAUAAGGCAUUUUUAUAUGGUAAUCUGUUUAAAACCAUUUCACGUAAAUUGCGGAGCUGCGAAAGUAUAAUUAUGUUUGGAAAAUUUUAACGUAUUCAAAGUUAUAUUUCAGAUCUGCACUACUGCAUAACUCUACAUAGGGUUGAAGGUGCCUUAAAAUAAAAAAUUUCACGUAAAAAGUUUUAAUCGUAAUCAUUAAGUAUCUUUAUUUUGAAAAGUCAAUAAUAAACAUAUUUGACUACUUGAUUGUCAAUUUGCUUACGACUUUCCGACUAAAAUUUGUUCACGUGAUCUUAAUUGAUGGCAAUGAUGGAUAGACUAGAAUAAUUGUCCAAUGUAACAUGUUAAACUUGCCCGGCUAUCUAUUACGUUUCCUUAUUCAGUUAAGAUUAUGCAAAAAUAUUUAAAAAAAUUUGUCUUUGAGAAGGAGAACUUUAAAAUAUGAAAAUAUACCAUAAGCAAAUCUCACGUAACGAAAACUCGCGAUUUUUCUUUCAGCCGGAAUACUUACGCUCUCCGACAUGGGUAUUGCAUUUUCAAAAGGGCAACAGCUUCGAAUGUGCGACACUUUUGGUAAGCUUGCUGUUGGGACAGGGUUACAACGCGUUCGUAGUAAGCGGUUACGCGUCACGCGAGCAAGUAUUUUGCGACAUGACCAGAAGGACUUGCCCAUAUCUUCCGGAAGAGGAACAAGCACUGCCGCCGCCGGCUGACGUCCGAAAAAUCUCCAAAUAUCAAUUAAAAGCACCGCCAGAUUUUAAAAGCCAGUUUCUUCUAGAGUUGGAAAACCGUGAGAAAGAAAGGGUAGAGGCCGAGUUACAACGAGAGAAAGAGGAACGACAGAGAAUGAUCGCAGAAUCCGAACGUCCACAGCCAGAUGAGUAUUUUGGCCACAGGAUACACGCGUGGGUGGUUAUUCUGCCGGAAGAAAAUGGCUUGAGGUCUGAAGAAAUUAUCGAACCGAUUUUUAUCGAGCCAUCCUCCGGGGUAUCUUACAAUCCGCUCGAUGACGAGACCAAUUCGUUGUAUCUCGGAGUGGAGAGCAUUUGGAACGAUCGGAAUUAUUGGGUGAAUAUGCAGCCUCGCGGGAGCUGUGCGGAAAUUAAUUGGGACCUGAGCAACGUUAAAUUCUGGGAGCACUUGCUUCCUGGCGAACCGUACGUGAUACAAAAGGACACGGACAAGAUCGAUGAAGACGUCGAAGCGGAACGAAACAAACAUCUGGACAUGCCGGCUUCAUACGUGAAUGAAAUCCGAAUUCACAGUAUAGACUUGGAGAGACGAUAUCCGGGAGGCGGCAAAACGAUAUUUUACAAAAAGGCCAAGGUGGAAUUGUACGCACCGUAUGUUCAACCGGACGGCCUGAUUCAGCGCGUAACCGUUUAUGAAGAUUACGAGUACACCACUCCUGUGGAGAGCUACGAAAAGUAUUUGAACCGAAGCGACGGUCUUACAGAGACCAAGAGAAAUUUCGAUACGGACACUAUUACGGACUUGUUUGAGGUCCAAGGUCGAUCGGAUCAUUGCAAAGCGCAUCGCUAUUUAGCAUCCAAGAACGAUUCGAUAGACAGCGAAAGAGUUGUAGAUUUUUAUGACAGCGCGCAAUUUGAUGGAUUGUCGCGCAUUGAGAUGGCUCCACUACAUUUUACUCAACAUUACGUGGACCGUGAAGAUUUCCUUUACUAUAGACAUACACAGUUUUCAGCAGACAAAGGCAAUCCAGCAGAUGGUAUCCAUUUUCGACGUAUCGCUAAAAUUAUUGAGAAAUAUCAUAGGACUGAAGCUACUCCUGCUUGUAAGAAUGUAGCGGUACGUGAAUUCACGAUGAACGAGAACGAAAUUCGCAUCAAGUUUCAUUAUGACAAAGAUCAAAGUUCUGCAGCCACGCGCACAUUCAUAAAACCGUCGAUAGCAGAUAGAGAAGAUCGCUUAGUCUUCAAUCCUGCAAUGACUCAUGGAUAUAAUCCAGAUCCAACUGCACCGCCGGAAAAAGAGCUUGACCUUUUUUAUGAUAUUAAUAAAUAUUUAAGAGAUGAAGAUGACGCUGUAUCCUGUAUUAGAGGCGCUGAAACCGAAGUUGCAGCAUUUAUCAAACGAAGGGCCGAUGAGAAUUCAAAUUUGCAGCUCACAAUUUCGUUAUUCGACGAAAAUCGAAUAGUCGAGACGAUAGCCGAAUUAGGAGUGGAACCAGUGAAGCGUCCAAGCAAGCGAGAUGACGAGCUAGAGAUCAAUCCAUUAGGACCGUAUUUGGCGCGAAUAGGCAACCCGGCGUACAUCAGCAAAGCAGAAGCGUUUCUGCUACGCGAUGACUGUUUGAACGAUUUUAAGGAAUGGUCCGUUGAAAAGGCGAAUCGCAUUUUACGUACGAUCGAAGAGCGCGCCGCACAACUGGAAAAGACGCAGGCCGUGUUGACGCAGACUGAAGAUUUAUCAAAAACGGAGGAGGAACAGAUGUUAGCCAAAAUCAGCGAGAUAAGUUUUAAUUUGCACGUACUAGAAAGAUAUCUCAAUCGGCACAGAGACUCGGUGCCAGAAAGGUACAAGAUAUUGGUGGAUCGUUUGCAGCAGAAUCCGCGUCUCCAAGCAUUGAAAAAGUCUUAAUUAUACGUGAAGUUGAGUUAAUUAUU